AUGUUCCGGUCCUUUCCACGUCUCUUUCAUCCAUUGGUAUUCAAGCGGAACGCCUCCUAUCGCCGUUUUGGCAGCCAGCCCACCGUCUCCUUUACCCGCCUCUUCCAGUCCCGCUACACGCUCUAUUUUGCCGGCUCCUGUAUCGCCUUUUAUCUUUACAACUUGGACGAGGCGCCCUUCACCAAAAGACGCCGCUUACUCUGGGUCCCCUACUGGCUCGAGCGGAAAGUGGGCGAUUACAGCUAUGCGCAGAUCAUGGCGCAGUACAAAAACCAGAUUUCGCCGUCGGGCGACCCCAAUUACCUUCUCAUUCUGCGGGUCAUGAACCGUCUCUUGGCCAGCGCCGUGGACAACACCCCAGACCCGCAGCAGGCCGCCCACGUGCGUCUGUUGGACUGGAGCAUCCACAUCAUCCGCCCGCACGGCGCCGAAGAGCCGCCCAAUGCGUUUAUCUUGCCCAACGGCAAGAUCUUCAUUUUCCUGCUGAUCUUGCCCAUCUGCCGAGACGAGGACGGCUUGGCCACGGUGCUUUCCCACGAGUUGGCCCACCAGUUGGCCCACCAUUCGCUGGAGCAGUUGAGCAAACAGCCCAUCUACCUUGCGCUUUCCACCCUCUUGUACAUGGCCACGGGAAUCUCGUGGUUCAACGACCUUUUGAUUGCAGGCUUGCUCCAGAUGCCGGCGCUGCGGGAGAUGGAGUCCGAGGCCGACCGGAUCGGCUGCGAGUUGAUGGCGCAUCUGUGCUUUGAUGUGACACGGGCAGUGGAUUUCUGGGCCCGCAUGGGCGCAUGGGAGCAGAAGUCGCAGAAGGCGACGCCCAUGUUGGAGUUUCUAUCGACACACCCCAACACCCAGAAGCGCAUGGCCGACAUCCGGUCGUGGAUGCCUGCUUUGGAGCAGAUCCGCGAGUCGUCAGACUGCUACCACUGGAAAUCGUUCCUGGAUUUCCACCGCAACUUCUUUGGCAAGCGCUAG